UUCUUGGGAUGCCUCCAAGCCGUCCCUCAGCUCCCACGCAGAUCCGCUGCCAUCCAUGUCCCUCCGAUCGAGCCCAAGACGCCUCCCCAACUCAUACGCCGCCGCCGCCGCCUCGCCUCCACCAUCGAUCCCACCAUCGUCUCCAAGCACGCGCCGCCAUCUGCCUCCUCCAACCCGUCAUCUUCUCCUCGCCGUCGCGCCUCCACCAUCGAUCCCGCCAUCGCCUCCAAGCACGCGCCGCCGUCCGCCUCCUCCAACCCGUCGUCUUCUCCUCUCGGGUGGCCGCCGGCGCAAGCAGAAGGCUCCGAUGGCGACACUGGUGGCCGCCGACUCCUCGACUGGGCUUCGUCGCCGACGCAGGACGGCCCUUGUGGCCCGGGUCCUCCCUCCUCCUCCCCUCGGGCGCCAGCAGCUGGAGCCGGCGGAUCAGGGGGCCUCUCAGGCGGCGCCCCGAUAUUUAAUCGACCCUCCAUUGCGGUGCGCUUCUCCCAUUGCAGCGACGAGUUCUCCUGUUACUCGGGCUCCUCCUCCUCCUCUUCCUACUCUGGCGCAUCGGCGAGGUCGUGCGUCUCCGACUCGGCGCAGCGCGGCCGCCCCGUCGACCCCCUCCGCGUGCUCUCCGUCGUCGCCUCCCUCCGCCGCAUCAAUCCGAAGAUGUUCGCCGAGGCCACAGGUGCGCUGUUCCAUAGCGGGGCAGAGAAGAAGCGGAAGGGAGUGUGGAUCGAGGUCGACAACUACGAGGACCAGAGCAAGAGGAGCAGCGUGGUGGCCAGCGAGGGGAGCACCGUCACGGCCGCCGCGUCCGCGGGCUCCACAGCCACAUCGGGGAGAUGCCGCCGGCCUCCACGAGCGAGCGGUGGCGGAGGUGGGGGUGGUGAGAAGGCGCCGAGGAGGGUGGAAGCAAUCAUGCAGUGGUUUUCGCGGUCGCAAGCUGGACCGGCCACGGAGAACGACAUAUGCGUCGCCGUUGGUGACAACUCCGGGAUGAGCAAGACGAUACGCUGGCUGCUGAAGCAGGAGGGUGGCUUGCGGCGUGCAGGCACCGGCGGCCUUUUGGAUCCGUAUGUUUAUAUGAAAUGGGUCAAAUGGUAUGUGGACGUUGUCGUCAGCUUCUUGCAUAUCCCAGGGGUGUUGUUCAUGUUCAGUGUUUUGGUUGUUGGACAAUAAACCUUGUAUUGGAAGAACAUCAAGUUGGUAAGGUGUAUUGUGGACAGUGCGAUACAUUGUUGAUGUAUCCUUUUGGGGCUCCUGCUGUUAAAUGUUCCAACUGUCUUUUUGUCACUGAAAUCGAAGUAAGUGAACUACCACUUAUCACAUAGUUUGCCUGCUCAAUGUGCUUUUUUGUCCUAAUAUAUUUUGAUAAAAAAAAAUAAGGUGCAUGUCACUGUAAUGGUGAGAUCACUACUUAUAUGCUUGCUUAAGUUUUUGAGGUCUCGCUCAACUUAUUUAUCUACCUUUUAUGGAAUAUUUGCACCUUAGAUUCUAAUUUCUAAUUCAUCUUUCUUUCUCUCUGCCGAUUUGCCUUCAUCUGUUGUUCCUUUGUUUUGCCUUCAUGAUUCAAACAAGUAUUCUUGCGUCCCUAUCACCACGGGUGUGUAUAUGCUUUUAUGAAGGGGGUUAUCAACAAAUGGAUACUGCUAGAUCCAGAUUUUUUUGGCAGGGUACUGGAAAGAAGAUGACCGCAAUGAAUGUACUUAAGCGAUUUUAAUUUUACAUGCAGAUGGUAUCGCAGAUGAUAUAGAUGGGUAACAAACUUCGACUCAAUGUAGAUAGGAGAUAACUCUCUUGAGUCGUUUGGAGCAUGAAAAUAUAGUACAGUAUUUUGGAACAGAUAAGGAAGGUGGGAAACUAUAUAUUUUUCUUGAACUUGUUACUCAAGGAUCGUUGGCAGCUUUAUAUCAAAAAUACCAUCUACAAGAUUCACAAAACUCAGCAUACACAAGGCAGAUUUUGAAUGGUUUGCUCUAUAUACAUCAGCGAAAUGUUCUGCACAGGACACUAUGGUCCAGUAAGAAGGAAGCAAAAACAAUUCAGCUGAACCUGCUACACAACAUUAACAUGGAGGAAGGUAAACUACGACCGAGGAAAAAGAUCAAACCUUGGAGGCGAUGGCGAAUGAGGACGGUGGCGGGGCGGUGAUUGACCACGGCGGAGAGGCGUCAAUGAAGGUCAACGGCUCAAGGCGAUUUCGACUGAGGACUGAGCAGGGACGGCUCGGGCGUUCAAGGCGUGAGGGCCAGGCAGGGGCGGCGCGACCUGCUGCGUGAAGGAGACGGCGCGGGCGGCGCGCAGUAGGCGGGGUCGCGUGCCAGACGAAGGGUGUGAUGGCGUCGGCGCGCAGGGCGAGAAGAGGCGGCUUGGGAUUCGCGAGGCAACGUCGGCACGGACCAGAGGUGCGGCGCGGUGUUUGAGAUGGCGUCGCGACGCAGGAGGCGGCGCGGGCGGCGGCGCAGGGUGAGAAGAGACGGCUGACGACGAAGGGGUGAGGUCACGAGGCUGCGGCGUCGCGGACCACAGGGGCGGCAGCGGUGGAUGGGAGGCGGCGGCUGGGAGGUGCGGAUUUCGCGAGAGGAAGGGAGGAGAAGACCAAACUGGAUAAGGGAAUAGGAUCGGACGGUGGUAAAAAUGUAUUUACCGCGGGACGAAACCGAGCGAAAGGAAUGACGGACGAAAAAUAGUCGUCGUUUCAGUAUUUUUAGAGUAGAGAUGCUUGGGAUAUGCCUUAGGACUGUCGAGAAGUUUGAUGCCCCUUGCUAUGUUAGUUUUGCACUACUGAACCUGCCUAAAAUUUCUAAACUAGCUCUCACUCACAUGAUGUCAGCCAUAAGCUUUAUUUCACGUUUGAUAAGAUUUGAGAGUGCUCAUACACAAAACAAGAUGGAACAGUAAGGUGAUUAGGUUAUGGCAGCAUUUCUGAUAGGAUCUGCAGCAUCCCCAGGAGCACUUUUGAAGAAAAUAGGAUAAAGGCUAUGAGGUCAACCUUUUGCUGUACAAAUUGCAAGUAGCCUUUGCAUGAUAUUCACAUGUAUGUCAAUAAUAAGAUUCCCUUGUGUUGUGCACUUGUUAAUCUUUGAUGUUUAUCUACAAUUACUUCAUGUCUGUAGUUUAUGAUUUAUGAUAUGCUAGCCACAGUGGUAGUAUGCUCA